AUGAGAUCACAACAUAGAAAAGCAACUUUAAACAUCCCAACUAUUUUAGACUUACAGAAUCCGGAAUGGGAUGUCAUUUUAAAAUCUUGGGCUUACAUCAAUGUAAAAACCUAUGAAUUAACUAUUAAUAAAGGGUCUAUUGUAAACAAGAAAAUCCUUUAUUUGAAUCUAAAAGAAGAAUCAAUUAAUUAUAAAAUAUGUUCCAGCAUGCCAAAUAUCAUAGAAGUGAAAACAGAAACUAUUAGUCUAUAAAAAGAGUGUAAGUUUAAUAAUAUUUUUCUAGAAAAAGACUACAUUAAAUUAUUAAUUAAGGCUCCAUUGACUCCUUGCAAAUUACAUGUGAAAAUUGCAAUGAUGGAUAUCAAGGGUGACACAGUUUUUGAAGGGAUGGAAUUUGAUCUCAUUAUCGCAAAUAUAACUUCAAAAUGA